AUGGCCUCAAGGUACAGAGUUGUGGCCUCAAUGUACUAUGUUGCGGCCUCAAGAUACUAUGUUGCGGCCUCAAGGUAUUAUGUUGUGGCCUCAAGGUACUUUGUUGUGGCCUCAAGGUACUAUGCUGUGGCCUCAAGGUACUAUGCUGUGGCCUCAAUGCACUUGGUUGUGGUCACAAGAUUCUAUGCUGUGGUCUCAAUGUACUAUGUUGUGGUCACAAGAUUCUAUGUUGUGGCCUCAAGGUACUAUGUUGUGGCCUCAAUGUAUUAUGCUAUGGCCUCAAUGUACUAUGCUGUGGCCUCAAGGUACUAUGUUGUGGUCUCAAUGUACUAUGUUGUGGUCACAAGAUUCUAUGUUGUGGCCUCAAGGUACUAUGUUGUGGCCUCAAUGUACUAUGCUGUGGCCUCAAGGUUCUAUGUUGUGGCCUCAAGGUACUAUGAUGUGGCCUCAGUGUACUUUGUAUUGGCCUCAAUGUACUAUGUUGUGGCCUCAAGGUACUAUGUUGUGGCCUCAAGAUACAAAUUUAUGGCCUCAAUGUACUAUGCUGUGGCCUCAAGGUACAAAGUUGUGGCCUCAGUGUACUAUGCUGUGGCCUCAAUGUACUAUGCUGUGGCCUCAAUGUACAAAGUUGUGGCCUCAAUGUACUAUGCUGUGGCCUCAAGGUACUAUGUUGUGGCCUCAAUGCACUAUGUUGUGGCCUCAAUGUACUAUGUUGUGGUUUCAAUGUACAAAGUUUUGGCCUCAGUGUACUAUGCUGUGGCCUCAAUGUACUAUGCUGUGGCCUCAAGGUACAAAGUUGUGGCUUCAAUGCACUAUGUUGUGGCCUCAAGGUACAAAGUUGUGGCCUCAGUGUACUAUGCUGUGGCCUCAAUGUCCUAUGCUGUGGCCUCAAGGUACAAAGUUGUGGCCUCAAUGCACUAUGUUGUGGUCGCAAUGCACGAUGUUGUGGCCUCAAGGUACUAUGUUUUGGCUUCAAGGUACUAUGCUGUGGCCUCAAGGUACUAUGUUGUGGCCUCAAGGUACAAAGUUGUGGCCUCAGUGGACUAUGCUGUGGCCUCAAUGUACUAUGCUGUGGCCUCAAUGUACAAAGUUGUGGCCUCAAUGCACUAUGUUGUGGCCUCAAUGUUCUAUGCUGUAGCCUCAAGGUACUAUGUUGUGGCUUCAAGGUACAAAGUUGUGGCCUCAAUGCACUAUGUUGUGGCCUCAAUGUACUAUGUUGUGGCUUCAAGGUACAAAGUUGUGGCCUCAGUGUACUAUGCUGUGGCCCCAAUGUACUAUGUUGUGGCCUCAAUGUACUAUGCUAUGGCCUCAAGGUACAAAGUUGUGGCCUCAAUGCACUAUGUUGUGGCCAUAAUGUACUAUGUUGUGGCUUCAAGGUACAAAGUUGUGGCCUCAGUGCACUAUGCUGUGGCCUCAAUGUACUAUGUUGUGGCCUCAAGGUACUAUGCUGUGGCCUCAAGGUACUAUGUUGUGGCCUCAAUGCACUAUGUUGUGGCCUCAAUGUACUAUGUUGUGGUUUCAAUGUACAAAGUUUUGGCCUCAGUGUACUAUGCUGUGGCCUCAAUGUACUAUGCUGUGGCCUCAAGGUACAAAGUUGUGGCUUCAAUGCACUAUGUUGUGGCCUCAAGGUACAAAGUUGUGGCCUCAGUGUACUAUGCUGUGGCCUCAAUGUCCUAUGCUGUGGCCUCAAGGUACAAAGUUGUGGCCUCAAUGCACUAUGUUGUGGUCGCAAUGCACGAUGUUGUGGCCUCAAGGUACUAUGUUGUGGCCUCAAGGUACUAUGCUGUGGCCUCAAGGUACUAUGUUGUGGCCUCAAGGUACAAAGUUGUGGCCUCAGUGGACUAUGCUGUGGCCUCAAUGUACUAUGCUGUGGCCUCAAUGUACAAAGUUGUGGCCUCAAUGCACUAUGUUGUGGCCUCAAUGUUCUAUGCUGUAGCCUCAAGGUACUAUGUUGUGGCUUCAAGGUACAAAGUUGUGGCCUCAAUGCACUAUGUUGUGGCCUCAAUGUACUAUGUUGUGGCUUCAAGGUACAAAGUUGUGGCCUCAGUGUACUAUGCUGUGGCCCCAAUGUACUAUGUUGUGGCCUCAAUGUACUAUGCUAUGGCCUCAAGGUACAAAGUUGUGGCCUCAAUGCACUAUGUUGUGGCCAUAAUGUACUAUGUUGUGGCUUCAAGGUACAAAGUUGUGGCCUCAGUGCACUAUGCUGUGGCCUCAAUGUACAAAGUUGUGGCCUCAAGUUAG